UCCGGUGCGGCUGGCUGCAGCAGUUAGCUUUCUAGCUGUCGCUGACAAAUGGCGGUUCUGCGCAGAUAUCGAACGGAUUUCGUCGUCACUCCGCGGGACGAGCAAGACUCGACAUGACGGCGUCCUCACGGGAGCAGCGGGUUCGACCGCUGUGUGGUUACGUGGCGCUGGCCGCCGUGUGCGCGCUUUGCUACAGUAACAGUCUGCAUGGCGAGCUCGUGCACGACGACGUUUGGGCUAUCGUCAACAAUCCGGACGUCAGACCCGGAUCGAGUCUGAAAAACAUCUUCAGCAACGACUUCUGGGGCAAAAGGAUGGCGGAUAAUACGAGUCACAAGUCCUACAGACCGCUGUGUGUCCUCAGCUUCAAGUUGAACGUGCUGCUGGGCGGCAUGAAGCCGUUCUAUUUCCACCUGGUCAACACGUGUCUGCACUGCGCCGUAACCUGUCUGCUCCUACACACGUGUGAGUGUUGCGUGUUCACAGACCGUCGCCUGGCCUUCGUCACGGCGCUGCUCUUCUCUGUCCACCCGGUCCACACCGAGGCUGUGUCCGGCGUCGUGGGCAGAGCUGAUGUCUUAGCCUGUCUGCUGUUCUUGCUGACGUUCUUGUCCUUCGUUAGGAGUGUGGGAGUGUCCAUCUCUGUGGAGUCUCUGCCCACCACAGUGUCUGUGUGGUCCCUUAUUGGCUGCCUGUUGCUGGGCACCUGCGCCAUGUUAGUGAAGGAGACGGGCGUGACGGUGUUCGGCGUGUGCGUGCUCUACGACGCCAUGGUGUUGUGCCGAAAGCCGCUCGUCCAUCACCUGUCCAGCUCCGGAAUCAAGGACCUCCUGUGUACCUGCAGCCCCUUCUUCAAGCGAGUUGUCCUCAUCUUUUCCUAUGUGGUGAUCAUCAUGUCUUUCAGGCUGUGGCUGAUGGGAGGAUCCAUGCCUCUCUUUUCCGAACAGGACAACCCCGCCUCCUUCUCACCUCACCUGCUCACAAGGGUUCUGACCUACUCGUACCUGCUGUCCUUUAAUGCCUGGCUGCUGCUAGCGCCCGUGGUGCUGUGCUACGACUGGCAGGUGGGCAGCAUUCCGCUGGUGGAGUCGCUGGCUGAUGUACGGAAUUUGGCCACGCUGCUGUUGGCUCUGGCAAUGGUCGCUCUCUGCUGGCGCUGCGCGACCGCGCUGCAGAAUCAGAGUGGCGAGGUUUUGGUGGGACUGUUGUUCCUGAUGUUUCCCUUCAUCCCUGCCAGUAACCUGUUCUUCAGGGUGGGGUUUGUCGUUGCUGAGCGAGUUCUCUACAUGCCGAGUAUGGGUUACUGCAUCCUGGUGGCCCAUGGUUUGGGUCGACUGGGCUCGGCGCUGGGUCGCUGGGGGGCCACAGUUCUCAGUGUGUCCAUGCUGUUGGUUCUGCUGCUCUUCUCCUGGAAGACGGUCCAACAGAACCAAGUCUGGCUGUCCAGGGAAGCACUUUUUCGCUCUGGUAUUCAAAGUCUUCCUCACAACGCCAAAGUCCACUACAACUUCGCCAACUUCCUGAAAGACAUCGGUAGGGACCCGGAGGCCAUUCACCACUACAACAAUGCCCUCAGACUAUACCCUCGACACGCCAGUGCCUUGAACAAUCUGGGAACUCUAACACACGACCCGGAUGAGGCCGAACGCUACUACAGGAAAGCUCUGGACACCAACCCUCAGCACAACCGAGCUCUCUUCAACCUAGGGAACCUUCUCAAGUCUCAGGGUAAAGACAAAGAGGCCGAGGCUCUGUUGAAGGACUCCAUCGUCUUUGGUCCUUACUUCGCCGAUGCCUACUCCAGCCUGGCAUCGAUGUACGCUGAACAGAAACGUUUUGCUGAAGCCAGUGAAGUGUAUCUGAAAGGUAUCGAGAACUGUCCCGAGAGCUCCGACCUGCAUAAUAACUACGGAGUCUUUCUGGUGGAUACAGGAAGAGGCGAGCUGGCUGCUGCUCACUACCACCAAGCUAUUAGACUCAAACCAGCUCACUAUGUUGCCAUGGUGAACCUGGGCCGCCUCCUCCGCUCCUCCAAUGAGAACAAAGAGGCGGAGUCCUGGUACAAGAGGGCACUGCAGGUGACAAGGAAGGUAGAGAUCCUGACGCCACUGGGGGCGCUAUAUUAUAACACGGGUCGCUACGAAGAGGCCCUGCAGGUGUACAGAGAGGCCUCGACCUUGCAGCCCAACAGCACAGACAUCUGGCUGGCUUUGGCUCAGGUUUUGGUGAUGGCAGGUCACACUAAUGAUGCCGAGGUCAUGACCCUGGACAUUAUAUCCAGAGAAGAUGGAUGUAUUGAAUGUUACAGACUCCUUUCUGCAAUUUACAGCAAACGUGGCGACCACUCACAGGCUCUGGAUGCUCUGGACCGAGCCCUACAGCUGAAUCCCGGUGAUGUGUCUGUGAGAGCAGAACUCUAUUUCUCCAAAGGAAACCAGCUGAGAGAGAUGAACCAGUUGGACCAGGCCUUCCAGAAUUAUAAACUCGUUGUGGAACUGAAACCUGACCAGUCUCAGGCCUGGAUGAACAUGGGAGGGAUUCAACACAUCAGGGGUGACUAUGCUGCAGCCAGGAUGUACUAUCAGAGAGCUCUGCUGCUCAGUCCAGGCUCCAGACUGCUGAAGGAGAACCUUGCCAAGCUGGACCGCCUGGAGAGGAGACCUGCAGAAGAGGUCUAGACCCCUGUGGACCAAAGACAGCAGUGGGCGAGGCACUUCCCAGCCCGCUGGAGCCUCGCCACACCGUCAGACAGAUGACCAAAGUGGACCAGUGUGAGAGCAGAAUGUCAGGACUGCUGGUGUCGGGGGGAUCAUUGUCUCGACCUAGAGUGUGAACUUUUAUUUAUUUUUGUCUGACAUUGCACAGUGGACGUUUGUGUGAAACGUCAUCACUCGAUUGAAUGUCCUGCUUUAGUGCAUCAAAAGUACAAGAAGCUACAAACUGUGAGAAGAUUCAUGAAGACUGCUUCAGUUGACAUGAAGUGUAAAAACAGAUUCAGUCUGUGUUCACGUUGUGCUCGAAAAGUUCAUGCCCAUUACUGACGCUGAUGACAUCAUGGGUGAUGGUGAUGGUGUGUGCAGGUGUAGGAGUCCAGAUAUAUUUGGACACUGACAGGUUUAAGUUUUAGCUGUUUGCAGCAGCGUGUUAAACCAUGAAGAAGCUUCAGUUGCCAAAGUGUCUUUUGACAAAAAAAAAAAAAGUUAUUUUUUAAACAAAGUGUUUGUGUUCUGCACUAAAAUGAAGUUGUGACUGGAGAAGCAGCAGCAGUCUCUCCAGUCACAGCCACUACAGCUGUGACUCCUUCAGCGUCAUCUUGGUGGCUUUUCCCACUCGCCUCCUUGAUGCACGCUCACUCAGUUUUUGAAGACGACCUGCUGGCGGCCCCACCUUGCCCUCUGAGGUAAGUAGGGCCGAUCCGCAUCCAUUAAAGUGAAGAUGGUCACAUGUAUCAUAUGAUCCAAGUCUGUCAAAUAAAGUGACUUCAGUCAACAGUUUUCUGAAUCAGCUGUUUCACAACAGCUCAAAGCAGCUGGUCCAACAGAACCGUACACUCAACCAUCUGGACUGUUCUGUCUCAGCACCAACCAUUUUUACCACUAAGCCCAGUGCUGCUCCCUACCGCCCCCUACUGACCACUCACAACACGAGUCCUUAAUUACUGGAAUUACAGUAAUUGACUAACUGCAGUACUGUCACUAUAACUGCAGAAAUAAUACUGCUGCCAUUAAUGACUUUAGUUAGUAAUUAAUUAUUCUGUAGCUUCAGUAAAAAAUGUUUACUGCAGUAAUUGUCUGUAUAACUGCCGUAGCUAAUGCCUGUUACAUAGUAAUUAAUGACUAUAACUGCAGUAAUAAAUGUCCAUAACAGUAAUUGACUAUAGCUGCAGUAAUAAAAGUUCCUUAUUGCAAUAAUUAUUUUUAACUGUUGUAAUCAAUGUCUCUAUAACAGUAGUUAAUGACUAACUGCAGUAAUAAAUGUCUUUAUAACAUUGUAAAUGUCUAUUAUAGUAAUUAUUGACUAACUGCUGUAAUAAAUGUAUAUGACUGCCGUACUUAAAGGUA